CCUCCUAAAAAAGAAGAGAAAGAGAGAGAGAGAGAGAGCUGCAUUGCUAUUCUGACACUGUACUGAACCCCCGUCGCCCUCGAUUUGUUGCUGCCUCCUAGAAAUCUUCAUUUCCAACACAAGCUCCCUCCAUCUCUCUCUCUCUCUCUCUCUCUCUCUCUGAAUCAGCCAUCUGGCUCUCAAGCUCAACCGGAGCUCCCUCAACAGUUUGGCAGCGGCUGCUCUGUUAAACCCUUCAAUGGCUCUCCUGGUGUUUCUGGCGCUUUUCUUGGCCUUCACUGGCCAUUCAGGUGCAACAUACUGCUUGUGCAAAGACGGGGUCGGUGACCAAGCCCUCCAGAAGAGCCUGGACUAUGCCUGUGGAGCUGGGGCUGAUUGCUCGGCCAUCCUUCAGAACGGUGCUUGUUACCAGCCCAACACCAUCAAGGACCACUGCAACUACGCCGUGAACAGCUAUUUCCAGAGGAAAGGCCAGGUCGCCGGUAGCUGCGACUUCUCCGGGACCGCCACUCCUUCAACUGUUCUUACGAAUCAAGCCUCUGGGUGUGUCUACCCUUCAAGUCCAAGCUCAAUCACGUCCACCACUCCGGCAUCCACCACCACGACCAUAUCACCGCCGGGAACCAUCACCACCACCCCGCCCACGGCGUUCAAUGGUGGCACGGGGAUAGGGUUAGGCCCCACCGGCAUCAACGACACCAGCGAUGCCGCCGAUCUGGCUCUCUUCGGGGGCAUCAUCAAAUCAGUCCUCUUCUCUCUGGCUGUCAUUCCCUUGCUGUGGGGUUGAAGUUCAAGGGCCCAAGCGCGAGUACCAGUUGAAAGACGUGUGGUGGGUGGGGUUUUGAAUCUGUGGAGGUCCUCAAACAGGACAUGUUCCACCACGGGUAGAAAUUUGUGUAAUUUCAAGGGUUUGGUAGAGGACAUUGAAGCAACAAAGCCUGGACCAAUUUUUCUUUGUUCCUUUUAUCUUUCUUGCUUUCUUUUCUUAAGAAAAAGGCUUUGGGGAUUUUAUGUAUAUGUAGACUUAGAACAUGUUCCUUAAAAUUGGAGGGAGUUUUGGUGGUAUGCUAACUUAAGUGGAAA